AUGGAGGAACAUGAAAAGAAAUUGGAAAAUUGGAAGGCAAAGACACAAACUUCGACUGAAAAAUCUACAAAAGAGAAUACUGUUAUAGAAAAUAUUUUAUCCACGAAAAGAAAACAACAUUCUGAUGCUGGUACUACAAAUGGAUUUGGAAAUGCGAGUAAGAAGCUGGGGUUUUACAAAAUUAUGGAUGGUGAAAAAAGAAAAUCCAAAUCUAAAGAGAAAUGCGAUUUUGGAAUAAAUGAAAAUCUAAAAAUUAUUUCUGAUAUUGAUAAAUCAAUCGGCGCUUUGGAAGAGGAACUCCGUCAAUCAAGCAGUAAAACAUCACAACCAUCUUUCUCAUCUUUUUGCAAUAAUAAAUCCUUAAAUAUAAAGAAGAAUGAUGAAGGAAAAAAGAGGGUACCAAUUUGGAGGAAGAGCAAUGCUCCAACUGAUAUUCGAUUGGAGAAUAAACUUAACAAUGCGAGAAAAUCUAGCGACGAAAUAAUUAAUUCAUUAUUUGAGGGAGAUGAUUUACCAGUUGAGGGAUCGACAACAAAGUCGAAUAAAUGUGAUAACAAGAAACUUAAACUUGAUUCGAUAAGCCUCGUGCAUAAGAGGCGAAGGACUUCGAGCAGUAGUGAAAGAAAUAAAAAGAAAUCAAAACAGGAAGAUGAGGAGGAUCAAGAAACUCGAAAAGAGAAACAAGCUUUGGUGGAUCUCCUUUCAGAUGAUGAUAUCAUUCCGCUUUCCUCUAGAAUGGAAGAUAAUAAUACUCAAAACAACGUGGACAAAGACAGGACAGCAUCUAAGGAAAGAAACAAUAGUAUGUCAAUCUCAUCAAAUAAAGCAAUUUUCUCAAAUCUGAGUGAACCACCGAAACUUUUAACGCCGACUGUCUCUAUUGCUUCAUCUUCUUCUAUUUCUGUUGUUCCUGCUACUCCGUCUCCUGUAGCCUCACCAUCUCAUAAAUCUUCAUCUCAAGUUCAAAAAAAUACAUUUAUCAAGGAUAUUCAAGAUAUGGCUAAUUCAAAAGCGCUUGUUUCUAAAAAAGUUGCUCCAACUGCUCAAGAACAAUUACAUUCACGAACUUUAUUAUCUAUUAACCAAUCAUCUGAUCCUGCCCACAAGGUAUAUGCUGAAUUACGGAAAAAUGUUUCAACAGAAAGCUCAUCUAAACCUAAUAAUUUUCAACGAAAAUUGAGUAUUCCAUCAAAAACUGAACAACAAAAGCUCGUUCCUUUAGAUCCAAAUAAUCGAAAGGUUGCACUCCAACUUCGCCAGACAAAACUUAAAAUAAUUCAUGCAGAAUAUGUCAAAAUUUGUGUGAAUGAUCCAAAAAUGGCUAUUGAGAGUGCACAGCAUGAAGAAAAAGAAGUUCUUGAUCGUUGUUCUACUAAAAUUGGUUAUAUAUCCGCAAUACCAAAUGUCGUUAAACGAUUGCGAAACUUUGUUGCUAAUAAUGAGAAUGCACGAAAAGGCUCAGAUUCCAUCUCUCAUCAAAAUGUUUUAUUAGGUCGUCAUGCUGAUUCAGUUACAGUUGGAUUGCAAAAGGCAAAGCGUGUUGCUCAACAUAAAGCUUCGCAUCUCAGUGAAUCUGAUUUCUACAACGAAUUGGAAGAUUCAUCUGAUGAAAGGCCUAGAAAUAUUGUUGAAAUCCGACAAUCUGAAUUGGAUUCAUCUAAGGGUCACAGCAAGUCGUUCAUAUCUGAUGAUGAUUUAAAACGUGUUUGCUCUCGCUGCGGAAUUGAAUAUCAAUUAAGGCCAAACGGGGACUAUGUCUCCUCUGAGGAAUGUAUCUAUCAUUGGGGACGAGCUUGGAAGAAAAAGAGUGUUGUUGAAGCUCGAUAUACUUGCUGCCAAUCUACUUUAGAUGUUCGUGGAUGCGUUGUUGCUGGAAGGCAUAUAACACAAACUUUGAGACUUAGUACUUUGGAACAAUAUGUGAGUACACCAAAACCCUAUGGAGUAGGAGAUCCUAGAUCUACAAAAGUUUAUGCAAUGGAUUGUGAAAUGGUUUAUUCAAAUUGGGGACCAGAAGUCGCUCGUGUUUCUGUUGUUGACGUUCUUGGAGAAUUAGUUAUGGAUGUAUUUGUUCGGCCAGAAAAUACUUUAAUUGACUGCAAUACUAGAUUUAGUGGAUUAAAUGCCGAUCAAAUUCUCCACGCCGAAUGCAAUUUGGAUAAGGCACGCGAACGCUUAUUUGAAUUGAUCAACUCUGAAACAAUUUUAAUAGGACAUUCACUUGAAAGUGAUUUGCGUGCAUUACGUCUUGUACAUACUCGCGUUGUGGAUACUAGCAUUGUUUUUCCUCAUCGACUUGGCCCUCCGCAAAAGAGAGCACUUAAAACAUUAGCUUCUGAAAUUCUUCAAAUUAUCAUUCAAGAGGAAGAAGGUGGUCACGACAGUAAAGAAGAUGCAUUGGCCUGCAUGAGAAUUAUGUUGAGGAAAGUACGUGCUGUAGAAUGCUGA